AUGGAUCCAGACUUUUUAAAUGCAUUUGCACAGCCUCCUACUCUUGUGACUGAGAAUGUCAUUGCGCAAGGUGAGAAGAGGAAACUCAUAAAACCAACCUCAAGGAACAAUCCCAAAUUGGAAGAAUUAAAACAGUUAUUAAUUGACUGGAUUAACAGGACACUGCAAGAAGAGCACAUAGUAGUUAAAAGUCUGGAAGAAGACCUGUAUGAUGGGCUGGUACUUCAUCACCUCUUGGAAAACCUCGGAUCUCUCAAGCUGGAUGUUGACAAGAUUGCACUAACAGAAAAAAAACAGCGACAGAAACUCUCUGUGAUUCUGGAAGCUGUGGCCAAGUGUUUGCAACUGGAAGAAAGUCAGCUGAAAUGGAGUGUGGAAUCUAUCUUGGCCAAGGACUUACUGAGCACACUGCAUCUUCUGGUUGCUAUUGCAAAGCACUUUGCACCCCACCUGGCCCUGCCUCCAAAUGUUCAAGUGGAAACGAUCAUCAUUGAGAACACCUCCAGAGGAUUAAAGACAGCAAAUGCAAUGGAAUAUAUAACAGAAAACAAAGACAAUAUAGAAGCACAGUCAAAAGAUGAUGCCUUUGAUGAAUUAUUUAGCCGUGCUCCAGAUAAACUGGAUGCUGUAAAAAAGGUGUUUUUGCAAUUUGUCAACGAGCAUGUUGGAAAAUUAGGAUUAAAUGUCAACGACAUCAAAUCUCAGUUUUCAGAUGGAGUUAUCUUACUACUCUUAAUUGGACAACUGGAGGGUUACUUUCUGCAUUUGAGGAAUUUCUUCCUGACGCCAGCCAGCACCACGGAGAUGCUCCACAAUGUUAACCUUGCAUUGGACUUGCUGGCAGAUGGAGGUCUUCUGAAUUUCUCUGUGAACUCUGAAGAUAUUGUGAACGGAGAUGUGAAGACUACAAUGAAGAUUCUGUACUGCUUGUACUCCAAAUACAAGACCAAAGAAGCAUAA